AUGAGCUACAUGAAGAAAGACGAAGACGCGGAUCAGGUCAUGAUCAAGCUUGAUCGGACCUCCGUAUUCCAAGAUGGUGCGCAAUCAACAAUACCCCCUGGCGCCUCUCGCCUGUUCAACUCCUCUCCUAUCUCCCCGCGAACAUGCCGUACCCUUUUGACCAAAAUCGCUGUUCUUCUCUUCACUGGAGAGCAGUUCCCCACGAAUGAAGCCACCACCCUCUUCUUCGGAAUCUCCAAGCUGUUCCAGAACAAGGACCCGUCAUUGCGGCAAAUGGUGUAUCUGAUCCUGAAGGAGCUGUCUGGUACCGCCGAAGAUGUGAUUAUGUCGACAAGUAUCAUUAUGAAGGACACUGCGGUGGGAAGCGAUGUUUUGUACCGUGCCAAUGCCAUCAGAGCGCUCUGCCGCAUCAUUGAUGGCUCCACAGUACAGGGUAUCGAGCGACUGAUCAAGACCGCCAUUGUUGAUAAGACGCCCUCGGUGUCCUCCGCCGCCCUGGUGUCCUCGUACCACCUCCUCCCCAUUGCGCGCGAUGUUGUCCGGAGAUGGCAGAGCGAAACACAAGAAGCCGCCUCCUCAUCAAAGUCAUCGACUGGCUUCCUCGGUUUCUCCUCGGGCUCUCAGAGCCACGCCAUCUCCAACUCAAACUUCAUGACCCAGUACCAUGCGAUUGGUCUCCUUUAUCAGAUGCGUUCCCACGACCGGAUGUCCUUGGUCAAGAUGGUGCAGCAAUACGGCGCCGCGGGUGUGGUUAAGAGCCCGGCUGCUUUGGUUCUGCUGGUACGUCUGGCCGCCAAGCUGGCCGAAGAGGACCAAGGUCUUCGGAAACCAAUGAUGCAGAUGCUGGAUGGCUGGCUCCGUCACAAGCAUGAGAUGGUCAACUUUGAGGCCGCCAAGGCUAUUUGCGAUAUGCGCGAUGUCACCGACGCCGAGGCAACCCAGGCAGUUCACGUCCUGCAACUCUUCCUCUCCUCCCCUCGGUCCAUCACCAAGUUCGCUGCCAUCCGUAUUCUCCACAAUUUCGCCUCAUUCAAGCCACAUGUUGUCAAUGUGUGCAACCCCGAUAUCGAGUCCCUCAUCUCCAACUCCAACCGCUCCAUCGCCACGUUCGCCAUCACUACAUUGCUCAAGACUGGCAAUGAGGCUAGUGUUGACCGAUUGAUGAAGCAGAUCUCGGGCUUCAUGGCCGAUAUCACCGAUGAGUUCAAGGUCACCAUCGUGGAGGCUAUUCGCACAUUGUGCUUGAAGUUCCCCAGCAAGCAGGCCGGUAUGCUCGUUUUCUUGAGCGGCAUCCUUCGCGAUGAGGGUGGCUAUGAGUUCAAGCGCACUGUCGUCGAAAGCAUGUUCGAUCUGAUCAAGUUCGUCCCCGAAAGUAAAGAAGAUGCCCUUGCCCACUUGUGCGAGUUCAUUGAAGACUGUGAAUUCACCAAGCUCUCCGUUCGAAUCCUCCACCUCCUUGGUUCCGAGGGCCCCAAGACUACCCACCCCACCAAGUAUAUUCGCUACAUCUACAACCGUGUUGUACUGGAGAAUGCCAUUGUACGCGCUGCUGCUGUCACCGCGUUGGCCAAGUUUGGUGUUGGCCAGAAGGAUCCCGAAGUCAAGUCCAGUGUUCACGUUCUCCUUGCCCGUUGUCUUGAUGACACCGAUGACGAGGUGAGAGAUCGUGCCGCGCUCAACCUUCGUCUCAUGGGCGAGGAAGAUGAGGCAGCUAGUGCUUUCAUCAAGAAUGACUCCAUGUACUCUCUUUCCACCUUUGAGCACCAGCUUGUCAUGUACGUGACGUCCGGUGAUAAGCAGACUUUCGCCACCGCUUUCGAUGUUGCAACCAUUCCCGUUGUGUCCCAAGAGCAGGCUCUGGCAGCAGAGCGGACACAAAAGCUCACAUCCGCCACACCCACUCUCAAGGCUCCCUCAACCGGUCCUCCCAAGGGCAAGGCUGCCGGCGGUAUGGCCGAGGCCGCCACCGCCUCUGCCACUCAGAAGUACGCAGAGCAGCUCUUGGAGUACCCCGAUAUCAAGGCAUACGGUACUUUACUCAAGUCUUCCGCCCCUGUCGAACUUUCCGAGAGCGAGACCGAGUACGUCGUCACGGCCGUCAAGCACAUUUUCAAGGAGCACAUUGUUGUGCAAUAUGACAUCAAGAACACGCUCCCUGACACCGUUCUCGAGAAUGUUACUGUGGUAGCUACACCAGAGGAGGACGAUGUUUUGGAAGAUGACUUUAUCAUUCCCGCCCCCAAGCUUCCUACUGACGAGCCUGGCGUCGUCUAUGUGGCGUUCAAGAAGCUUACUGGCGAGAACAGCGUUCCCGUCACCUCAUUCACAAACAACCUCAAGUUCACCAGCAAAGAAAUCGACCCUUCAACGGGCGAGGUAGAGGACGGUGGCUACGAUGAUGAAUACCAGGUGGAGGACCUCGAGCUUACAGGCAGUGACUACGUUAUUCCCACGUUUGCCGGAAGCUUCGACCACGUCUGGGAACAGACUGGUGCCAACGGCGAGGAGGAAAGCGAGACUUUGCAGCUCAGCAACAUGAAGAGUAUCAACGAUGCCACGGAACAGCUGAUUUCUGCACUGUCACUGCAACCCCUCGAGGGCACCGACGUCGCUCUCAACAGCAGCACACAUACACUCAAGCUGUUCGGAAAGACCGUUUCUGGAGGCCGUGUCGCUUCCCUGAUUAAGAUGGCUUACUCAAGCAAGGCUGGUGUUACGACCAAGAUCACCGUCCGCGCAGAGGAGGAGGGUGUUGCCGCGGCUGUCAUUGCUUCUGUGUCUUAA